CCCCUCCGUCCAGUGCCCAGGAUGCCAUCCGCUUCACUGAACCCAUCUGUCUGACACUUGCUCACAUCUUCCUCUUUUGUGACUAGAAGUCACAGGACAAAGCACCAAGCCCUACAGUCAGAGAGGAAACACAGAGCCUAAGAGUGUGGACGGGACAGAGGGGACAGUGGCAAGGGAAGCCUGGUGCAGUGGAAAGAGGGGAGACGGGUGGGGCAGAGGUCCCCAGGACCAUGGCUGAGUCUGUCACCUAUGCCGACCUGCGGUUUGUGAAGGCUCCUCUGAAGAAGAGAAUCUCCAGCCAUUUAGGUCAGGAUCCUGACGAUGAUGGGGAACUCACCUAUGAGAAUGUCCAAGUGCCCCCAGUCUCAGAGGGAGCCUCAAGCCUGGCUUCCUCUGGACCAGGAGACAAAGCUGGUCUUCAGGCCGAGCAGCCGACGGCGUCCUGGAACCCCGUGACGUCACCAGCAGCCAGACGCCUCCUGGUCUGCCGUUCAGCCUUCUCGAAAUACCUCCUGGGCCUGCUCCUCACCUGCCUGCUGUUAGGGAUGGCUGCUGUCUCCUUGGGAGUGCGCUAUCUGCAAGUGUCUCAGCAGCUCCAGCACGUGAACAAGGUUCUGGAAGCCACUAACAGCAGUCUGAGGCAGCAGCUCCGCCUGAAGAUCACCCAGCUGGGGCAGAGGGAGCAGGAUCUGCAGGGGUCCAGGAAGGAGCUGGCCCAGAGUCGGGAAGCGCUAGAGGUGGAACAAAGGGAUUGCCAGGCUGUCAAGGAGCAGUUACAGGCCUGCCAGUCCGACAGCAAGGCAACAAAGGAGACCUUGCAAAGGGAGGAGGAACAGAGGAGGAUGCUGGAGGAGAGGCUGAAUAGAAUCCGGGACACAGUGAAACCCUUCUACACGAUGGGUCCAGAAGACACCUGCUGUCCUGUGGGAUGGAUACUGAUGGAGAGGAAAUGCUUUUACGUCUCACAUAUUAAGAGAAGUUGGGAGGAGAGCAGAAACUAUUGUAAUACCCUGUCCUCCAGCCUGGCCAUAGUUAGUGACUAUUCUUAUUCAGGUUAUCGCAACAGCCUCUUAUAUAAAUUGUUGGCACAAAUUGGUUGGUCUGAUUCAUAUUGGAUUGACGGCAGGCCAAAGGAUGGGCAUUGGAUUAAUGGUAAAGGCUCUGGGUAUCAUCCUCAAAACCAGCACUGUCGCAAGAUUCCACAGAGUUGGUCAGCAACCCAGGAUUGUACUGCUUCUCUUCCCUGCAUCUGUGAGAGGGAAGUUCUUAAGUGUCCAGAUGAGCACUGAGCUGAAUACAGCAGCAGCAGCUC